GAUCGACGGCAGACGUUCUCCUUCGUCAGACAUUAUGUUGGCCAAGUUGUUGAUCGUUUUUGUGCUGUUUUUCGCGCUACAAAACAUUUCUAGCGCUACGUUUGAUCGUAGAAAACAUCAUAUAGACAUCCGUCGAUACAAUGCCUCCUAUUACGAUCCGAUAACCGGAGUUGGACUGAAAGCAGAAUUCGAGGAUUCUGGCAGGGAUCCUUUGACUGUCAAGAUUGCAUUCAGAGGUUUGUCAUGCAACUGCGAAAAUCUCAUCUGUACCUGCUGUGCCGGCGUUAAUAUAACGGCGAUCAACUUUAAUCGUAGCGUGUGUACAAAAUUCACUUACGACCCCUUAGAAUUGGCUAUUAAAAUGACAUUGAUCACGAACGAGAGAGAAAUCUACACCAAUUCUUUUUCCAUUAAAAACCCGCCUCCGUUGUGUGCCCCGAUACCUUACGUGCCUUUCAUGAGCUUCUGCGUCCGCUUCUUCGACGUAUACACCAUCGGGAAAAAGUUACACACUUGCAUCGACUUCGAGACGCGAAUCGUCGGUUCGCCGAUCUUAAUUUUGCACUUCGACUGUGUACAAUUGGGAAGCGAUGGCAUCUCAUGGUCGAAACCUGGGAACGAUACCGAUGUUGCUGUUCUACAAACGAAACCAGAACCAAGCGUACCAGAAGAGUACGAUGAGGUGGACUUUGAACAACAAGAUCUUGAGAUUUACGUAAACUAUACUUCGACGCUGAGUCCCGAAGAGGAGGCGCUUAUUGGACAACUCAAAUUGUGAUCGUUGUUUUCGAGCUACGAUUAUUAUUAAUUAUUUAAUAAAAUCUCCAUACGCGUAGAAAAGGGAAUCGAAUACAAUUAC